UCACAACUUACAGCAAACCACCUUCACAGUAGACACGUAGCCACCCCUCCGCCACCGGCUGGCGAAGGAAUUCAUCGGAGAAAUUGGAGGAAUUCAUCGAAGUAAUUCAGUUCAAACAAAAUGUCGUACUCAGUCUCUCUGUCUUCUCCCAUUCAUUUCCACACUAACUCUAGAUUCUUCUCUACAUUCCCUCCAAAACUUCCUAACAAACUGAAAACAACCGUAACAACCACCACAGUCGCGGCCAUUCCACCCUUAUCCACCGCUACAUCGGUUACCGACCUCUCCGUUUUGGAUAGCACCACUGUUGCUCUCAUAGGUGGAGGUUCAGUCGCUGCCUUAGCAGCGGUUCUCUCCUUCACUGACCCGGAACGCCGACGUCGUCUUCAAGCGGAAGAAGUCGGUGGGGGCGAUAAGGAAGUCGUUAGGAAUUACUUCAAUAAUUCCGGUUUCCAAAGGUGGAAGAAGAUUUAUGGAGAGACCGAUGAUGUGAAUAAAGUCCAGCUUGAUAUUAGGUUAGGGCAUUCCAAAACCGUUGAAAAUGUGAUGAAAAUGUUGACCGAUGAUGGCUCACUGAAUGGCGUCACUGUUUGCGAUGCUGGUUGUGGCACCGGUUGUCUCUCCAUUCCUUUAGCUAAAGAAGGUGCCGUUGUUUCCGCCAGCGAUAUUUCCGCCGCCAUGGUGGCCGAGGCUGAGAAGCAGGCGAAAGAGCAGUUAACAGCUGGGAAUGGUGAUAUUGCACCAGUUAUGCCAAAAUUCGAAGUGAAGGAUUUGGAGAGUUUAGAUGGGAAAUAUGAUACUGUGGUGUGUUUAGAUGUUUUAAUACAUUAUCCGCAGAAUAAAGCUGACGGAAUGAUCGCACACCUUGCUUCACUAGCUGAAAACCGAUUAAUUUUGAGCUUUGCACCGAAGACAUUUUAUUAUGAUCUGUUGAAGAGGAUCGGUGAAUUGUUUCCAGGGCCGUCUAAAGCAACGAGGGCAUAUCUUCAUGCCGAGGCAGAUGUAGAAAGGGCACUAAAUAAGGUUGGAUGGAAAAUAAGAAAGAGAGGGCUAAUCACUACACAGUUCUACUUUGCAAGACUUGUCGAGGCUGUCCCUGCAUAGUUAGACCGGGAGGAGAGGUUAGAUUUUAUUUCCAUUUUCUUUUACCUAUUCCGCAUAGAAAUGUCCGGAAUGUUUCUAAGCACUGAAUUUUCUUGUGUGCUCCUUACUAUAUAUAUCUGCUUAUGUGCUUAAUUGUAUAUUAGAUGUCCUUGUAUCUAAAUUCCCAUACUUGUUAACAAUUCUUUUUUAUCAGAUUUGUGACUAAUCUUUGUUCA